AUCCUCAUCAUAGGUCCCCAAGGCACACCCUACGAAAACGGGCUGUUUGAAUUCGACCUCCUCUGCCAAAACCACUUCCCCACUUCUCCUCCGCGAUUGGAGUUCCGCACCACCGGCGGCGGCCGCGUCCGUUUUAACCCGAACCUCUACGACGACGGAACCGUCUGCCUCUCUCUCCUCGGCACCUGGUCUGGCGAACCUUGGGAUAGCGAAAAGAGUACCAUCCGUCAAGUUCUCGUUUCCAUCCAAGCGAUGAUU